AUGGAGGCCAAGCUUUUGGUGCUCCUGGCCCUGGUUGCCGUAACCAUCGCUGCCACCAUCAGGAACAAAGAUUCCCUGGCCUUUGACCACUCUGUUGGCCGCCCUGACGCCACAACGGCCCGUGCCGAGGUGGAGGAGCGUCUCCGUGUGAUCUGUGACACAUCCCGUAAUGACGUCAGACCCGAGUCUCCCCGCCAGUUCUCCGAGCUGGUCGCCGCCAUGAGGUCGCUCUCUCAGGGAGACCUGGAGGAUCUGUACAAGAUGCUUAAGACCAAGACACUCUGCCCAGACAACGACAGGACAAACAAAUUUUUCUUGGAUGCCUUGCCCCUUUCAUCUACUGACGCGUCCGUCAAGCUGAUGACGUCACUGAUCGCCAGCAAAGAUGUCAAGGGCGUCCUCGCCCAGGCCUGGAUCACGUCUUUUGGCUUUGUGCAAACCCCGACCUCGGAGAUGCUGCUCAGUGCCAAGACUCUGGUGGACAACGAAGACACAAGGGACGAUGCCCUGCUGCCCGUCUCCUCCAUGGUGAACAACUACUGCAGGAAGAUGACGUCAUGUGACCAGGAUUACGCUGUGCUCAGCAUAAUGGCCUCCCUGGAGAGAAACAUUGGCUACCGCUGUGACGUUUCUGGAAAGAAUUUCGAGAAGGUUCUCCUGUCCCUCCGGGCUAUUGGAAACGCCGGACAUGCGAGCCGAGCUGUUGGCCCCAUUAACAAGUGCCUGAGCUCCCCCACCAACCCUCUGGAGAUCCGUGUGGCUGCUGCUGAAGCUUUCAGACGCAUGCCUUGUGAGGCAAAGGAGAACGAACUGUGGAACACCUUCGAGAACGGUGACCUGGACUCCGAGCUCCGAGUGGCUGCCUACCUGGCCCUGAUGCGUUGCCCUAGCGACGCCACCCUGGGCAAGAUGGCCGCCAGUCUGCUCAGCGAAGAGGAUGACCACGUCGGUGCCUUCGUCUACAGCCACUUGACCAACCUGAGGGAGACUUCAGACCCACACCGACAGGACAUUGCUCGUGCCGUGCAAAAUCUGGCACUGGAAAAGGAAUUCGAGCUGAGCACCCUGAAGUAUUCCCGCAACUUCGAAGUGUCCGCUCUCAUCAACAAAUUGAACAUGGGAUUCGCAGCAGAGAGCAACCUCGUCUGGUCCAGUGUGUCACAGAUGCCCAGGUCCAUCUCGGGAAAUCUGACCGUCGAUCUGUUCGGCCAGGCCAUCAACCUGAUGGACUUCGGAGCCCGUCUCGAAGGAUUGGAAUACCUUGUGAAGAACCUCUUCGGACCAUACAUGCCAGAAGAAGAUAGAUCAGACCAGAAGUUCAAGAGCCGUGCAAAGGCUGAGGAUGUUGAGGGCUCCAUCUACGGCCGAAUCUUUGGCAAUGAGAUGCUCUUCAUGCACAGCAAGACAAUGAAAUCGCCCUUCAAGAAAAUGCCCUCCAGCUGGCUAGACCUUCUCAUCCAACUGUCCAAGAAACAAGACUUUGCUCUUACCCAGUCAGCUCAGUUCAUUGACACCUGCCUUCUCAGCCCGGACUGGCCCUAA